CCCUUCUUUUCGCGCGAGGCACCACCGAGACCGGAACGCUCGGUACCGUAGUUGGGCCUGGACUUCAAAAGUCUGUUCAGUCCGCUCUUGGUGCAGACCAGGUCACUGUUCAAGGCAUCACAUAUGCCGCCGAUGCAGCAGGCAUUACGUCAGAGGCCACAGGCUCAGGACCAGGCUCCCAGGCCAUGACCAAAGCAGCUCAGUCGGCACUCAGCAGCUGCCCAGGCACCAAGUUGAUCCUGACUGGUUAUAGUCAGGGCGCAAUGGUUGUACACAACAGUGCGAAGCUGCUUGGUAGCCAGGCCUCAUCCGUUGUCGCUGCUGUCACCUUUGGUGAUCCUUUCAAGACCCAACUCCCCACUGGUGUGUCAACAGCCGACUUCCACACGUUCUGCGCAAGUGGCGACUCAGUCUGUGGAACUACAGGCACCUGCGCUGGCUCGGGUGGAUGCACAUCUGCGAGCACCAUGGGCCAUCUGGGAUAUGGCUCAGAUGUGGACACGGCAGCGUCUUUCAUCAAGUCCGUUGUCGGUGGAAGCACCGCCGGCGGCUCAACGGCUACUGCCAGUGUUGCUCCUACAACUGCUGCUACUGCUAUUACCACCGAAACAGAUACUGGUUUGGGCUCCGGCCUUGGUUCUGGACUUGGUUCCGGCUUUAGCAUUCCUACAACACUACCUACAUUGGGAUCUGGGUUGGGAUCUGGGUUGGGCUCUGGGUUUAGCAUGCCCGCGUUUAGCAUUCCCACAGCGCUUCCCACUGGACUCUCCGGGUUCGGCAAACUGUAGAAUGGUGUAGGAAGGGCGAGAAUUGAGGGUACUGAAGGAGGUCACGGACCGGACUGCUAUUUCGAUUCUACAUUUUACUUGCUAGUCAAGUACAAAGAAGCUCCUGACGCACGGCAUUUGACGUGUCGUUGGACGGCUACUUUAUGAUUUAUGCAAAAUGCC